CAUCUGUAAGGAAGCCAUAAAAUGAUUUAAAUGAGCUCUGUUGUGGUAUUGUGUGAGGCAAACAAUGAGGCUCCAUCUGUGCAGGCAACAUGGCUCUGAAUGACGGGAAAAUGGGCAGAUAGGGCUAAUCAAAUGGGACGUGAUAACCCCUUAAAUUGGGAAGGAAAUCUCCCUUCUGUUUGUUUCCCGGUUACAUCAGUGCAGCUCUAUGGGCUGGACCGGAGCCCCUGCAAGCUCCCACACCCACCCCUCAGUGCUGAACUUGAGUCCGCCCAUGUCUGUUUUACCCUACUGAUCGGGAUAGGGUUUCCUUACUGUGCCUGCUGUGCUGGGGGGAGACAAUUGUGUCCGGGACGUUGCACUUUUCCUGAAGCCCCAUACGAAUGAAGCGAGGGAACGGGAGCCGAGUGGAGCAUCGGGAGGACUAUGGAUACCAGUGAGGAUCUAGUUUGAAAGCUCUUUUUGGUUUUACUGGGGACGAUUGAGCAAAAUGCUAGUGACACAAAUUGAAGCCAAGGAGGCCUGUGACUGGCUGAGAGCAGCGGGGUUUCCACAAUAUGCACAACUUUAUGAAGAUUUGCAGUUCCCAAUUGACAUUGGAAUUGUGAAGAAUGAUCAUGAAUUCUUGGAUCGAGAUGCUAUGGAAUCCUUGUACAGGCGUUUGAAUACCUUAAACAAGUGUGCAGCAAUGAAAAUUGAAAUAAAUCGCCACAGGAAAAGGAGUGAAGAAUCAGAAGAAGAUGAACCUUGUGCCAUAAGCAACAAGUGGUCUUAUCAAAGACAAAGCCAAAGAUGGUCCCGCCUGGAGAACCUGGAGUGUCCAUUGCCUGAUGAAGCAUCCAGUUUAUCCCUACCAAUUAUACCAGUUCUGAACAUUCCCAAGGAAGAUGCAGCAUUUUCAGUUCUCAUCGAUAAAAAUGACACCUCUUCUCUACACAGCUCAAGUAGUGGUGAGAGUGACAGCUCCCCCAAACCUUAUGAGGAAUUAGAGACUAGUAGAAGCUCUUCAAGAUGUUCCUCCAUCAAAUAUGUUUCUCUAGAUUCUACCUUUAGUCCUUCGCCUUCUCCCAGUGAAAUGCUCAAUAUUAUCAGCGAAGAAAAACUUACUGACAAACCCCCCAGUAAAAGGGGGAAGAGUCUGAUCAGGAAAAUGGAAAAACUGCGAAUAAGGAGUUCCACCUUAAAAAGAAACGCACAUUUAAAGGAUAAACCAGCUAUCAGUUGCCCUGUUCCGCUGGAUGGUCUUGAUGAAGAUAAGCUGCGGAAUCUUAAUUGUGUAAAUAUCUCUGAUCUUGCCGACACUCAUAGUAAAGCUGGAUAUUCAUGUUCUUCUCAAACAUGCAGCAGCAGUAGUCCAUCUGAAACCAGCAGCACUGUAAGCACUCCGAGUCCUAUUAUAAGAGUUAGAAGCCAUGGCAAAAGAGGUGGGCUAUAUGCAGAAGACUUUGAUCCUAGCAAGCUUUCACUGUGGAAUGAUAUCUCGGAACGUAAUUUUAGGAAUGAAAGGCACUUGCACGAACAGCAGAUAUUUCAGAUACCCCAAGGUCACAAACCUGGAACCUUUCCUAAAGCACUUACAAACAGUAUUUUAUCACCAAUUGACAAUACCUCUGUAAACUGGAGAACUGGAAGUUUCCAUGGUUGUAAUCGAAACAGAGUGAGGUCUAGCAGUUCCAAAGAUGCAGAGAUCCCUUCAAGCCCACGUUCACUUGUUGAUAACAGACUGAGUAUAUAUGACAACGUGCCAAACAUCCCAUUCCAUUUCAGCAAGCUUGAGUCUCCUGGAGACGACGAUGUCUUUUCAGAACUAGACAAUGUAAUGGAGCAUGUCAAUGGUCUUCGAAAACUGGUCAGUGAAUGGUCUGAAAAAUUCUCAGAUGAUGGAGAUUCUGACUUUGCCAAUGACUCUGUUUCACCGUGUCCAUCUUCCCCCAAAACUUUCGAUCUUGAAGUUAACGAGCACUUGCACGGCAAGUCAAAAACUCAUAUCAGUGAUGUGGAGAGGUGCAAACCGCGCACAGACAGCGAUUCUCCAAUCUUGCCGUAUAUAACUAUUUCCGAGAUUGAUUCCACAUUUACGGACUGUAGCAGACAAAGCCCAGAGCCUGUGAACCUUUCUAUGCAAGUUGACAGCCAAUCAGCCGCCCAUCUGAACAGGAUACAGAGACUUGCCUUGUUGAAAUUAACAGCAUUGAUGGAUAAAUAUUCUCCAUCAAGCAAGCAAGGAUGGAACUGGAAUGUGCCAAAGUUCAUACGUAAAAUCAGGGCUCCAGACUAUAAGGAGAAGAAUGUGUUUGGCGUACCAUUCCUUCUGAAUGUCCAAAGGACAGGGCACCCUAUCCCCAAGAGUAUUCUCCAGGCGAUGGAGUAUUUGCGGAUCCACUUUCUUGAUCAGGUUGGUCUGUUUAGAAAAUCUGGCGUCAAAUCCAGAAUCCAGUCCCUAAGAGAAAUGAAUGAACAGGAUUGCAAAUAUGUGAAUUACGAAGGGCAGUCUGCGUUUGACGUUGCAGACAUGGUGAAGCAGUAUUUCCGGGAUUUGCCUGAACCCAUAUUUACCAGCAAGCUCUGUGAAUCAUUCCUGCACAUUUAUCAGUAUCUACCGAAGGACCAGCAGUUUCUUGCUGUCCAGGCAGCCAUCCUCUUGCUUCCUGAUGAGAAUCGCGAUGCCCUUAAGAUUCUUCUCUACUUUCUCAGAGAUGUGGUUGCCUGUGUAACUGAAAACCAAAUGACUCCUACAAACAUCGCAGUGUGUCUUGCCCCCAGCCUGUUCCAUCUGAACACUUUCAGGAGAGAGAGCUCAUCAUCUUCCAGGUCAAGUCAACGGAAAUAUAGUCUUGGAAAACCAGACCAGAAAGACCUGAGUGAGAACCUGGCUGCAACUCAAGGCCUGGCUCACAUGAUUGCAGAAUGCAACAGACUGUUUCAGUUACCGGAUUACUGGUGUGAUCUGUGUCCAAGCAUUUGUGAUGUGCAGCCUAUCCACGCUGAAACUUCUGUCAACACAUCCACCAAUUCAUUAGCCGCUCACUGCAGUACCCUUAUCUCUCUGGAGAACUCUAUGCAGAGCCUCCUUCGAGAUGCUAAAGACAAGUACAGGAGCUGGGCGGCAUGUUCAGGAUUUGAACACGUUGAGCUGGCUUACAAAAAGGUAGAAACGGAUGAAUUUCCAAUAAGAAUGUGGAAAGCCUCCGCCGAAAUUGAGGCCACACCCCCCGCCGUCCUUCAGCACAUCUUAAGGGAGCAACACACUUGGGACCCCAAUUUGCAGCAGUGCAAGAUUGUAGAAGCCUUGGAUGAAGAUACAGAAAUAUAUCACUAUAUAACAGAAAGCAUGCCUCCCUUGCCAUGCAGAGAGUAUGUGGUUUUGAGGACAUGGAGGACCGACCCCCAGAGUGGCACCUGCAUUUUGGCGGCUACUUCAAUUGAAUGUGAAGAUGUUUCCAUCGGUGGGAUUCUGGGACAUGUCAUUUUGUGUCAGCACCUCAUAGAGAAUAUUGGCACUCAGAAGUGUAAAGUCACUCAUUCUUGUAGGACAGACACAAGGGGGCGGAGCACAGAAUGGUACAACAGAGUGUGUGGCCACAUGUGUGCAGCUGAGAUCUUAAGAAUAAAGAACUCUUUUAUUAAGAAGACAACAGUUAAGCCCUGAAGACGCCGAGGUGAAGAUGCUGUUUUCUGUUGAAGCAUGAAAAAUGGCGAAAAAAAAAAAAAAUCACCAGGAACUUGGAACCCGCGUCUCGUUCAGUAAAUCGUUUGUAAAUAUGGAAGUCACUUCUUUUUUAACUUUUAUAACUGAAGAAAAGGUACUUGAAUAUUUUUGACACAUACUUCUAUAAAACCCAUUUUAUUUAUGUUCAGAUUUAGAAUUAUACAGAGGCCUAGAGUAUAAUAAAUAAAUGUACAUAUCUUUUC